AUGCCUUCAAUGUCGCCCUUCUCUCAUCAUCCGGCACUUUACCCAAAUGAGGAGACUGAUUUCCCUCGCAAAGAUACUCCAAGACACGAAAAUCCGGCUCCUUCUCAUGUUGAGCCAAUUGUCGAGAUCCAAAGGGCUCCUGUCAAGUCUCAUCCUGUUGCCAUCUUCCGUGCUGACAUUCCUUCUGACGAGAAGAGGCGUGGGAAGAGAGCUCGCAAGGCUCAGCGCAAGCAUGACGCGACUCGACGACACAGCAUCAUGGACACCAUCAGCACUGCUCUGGUCGGUCGCAAGAAGAACACUGUUUCCUCGCCCGUCAUGAGAUUGAACGAGUUGUUUGACGAGCCUAUGGCCAUGGCUCUUCCUGCUCCUGCGACCCACAGUGCGCCUCUUUUGGGAGGCAUUCGCAGCAAAUUGCCAGUUUUUUCUUCGGUCUACCUGCCAUCGAUGCCAGCUAUGCCAGCCGUACCAGAGGUCCACCUGCCUGCUCUUUCAGAGAUGCAUCUACCUGCGCUUCCAGAAAUGCAUCUGCCUUCAGUGCCAGCGAUGCCUAUUUUGACCAUGCCCCAUCUGCCAAAGUUAGGCUCUGUCGUUGCUACAGGCGUCUCUGGACCAGCCAUUUUGGUCAAGCACAAGCCAUCCACUGCCGCCGCUCUCAAGAUGCCCAAAAUUGAUCCUACACUUCUCCCCGAAGAGCAGGCUAACUACCCUCGAGGCGAUGUCCGAAGACGCGAGAACCCUGCUCCUUCCCACGCCCAUGUCAAGGAUAUUGUCGAGGUGAGGAAGUUGAGGCUCCCUCAAGCUUCGCCUUCAUUGUCGGUCUUGCCCCCUCUGGAUCUCUCUAGCCUGCCAAAGAUGGGUGUCGCCGCUGUUCCCUUUGUCUCAGCAGCGGCCAUAUUGCCCAGACACAAGCCCUCCACUUCUGCCGCUCUCAAGACGCCCAAGGUUGACCUUACGCUUCUCCCUGAAGAGCAGGCUAACUACCCUCGCGGCGAUGUCCGAAGACAGGAGAACCCAGCUCCUUCACACGCUGAGGAUAUUAUCGAGGUGAGGAAGUUGCGCUUUCCUCCAGCUUUGCCACUGAUGCCCGCCUUGCCAAUUCUGGCUCUGGACCGUCAGCAAAAGCUGGGAGCUGGUACUGCUCACAAGUCAUCCAAGGCGGUCGCGAUCAAGAUGCCCAAGGCCGAUCAUACGCUUCUCCCCGAGGAGCAGGCCAACUACCCUCGAGGUGACAUUUCAAGACUCAAGAACCCUGCUCCUUCUCAUGUUGAGGAUAUUGUUGAGGUGGGGAAGGUCCGUGUUCCUGCGCCUCUGCCUUUGGACGCUGAGCUCCCAGUCGUCGUGGCUGCAGCUCCCGCAUUUUCCUGGUCAUCGAUCCAUAUGCCGACUCUUCCGGAGAUUCACAUGCCUACCCUUCCCGCCAUGCCCGCGAUGCCCGCUUUGCAUAUGCCUACUCUCCCCAAGAUUGUUAUCCCUGAUAUAGAGUGGCUCGUGGGAGAGGAAGACACUUACUACUCUGCAGAUGACGAACCAGCAACCCCCAUCGUCACACGCAAGACCGUGGUUACCGAGCCCGCUCGUGUCAUCCCCAAGAUCGCAACAUCUGCCGUUCCGGCUGCCCCUAUUAUCGCUCAGAGGACGACGGUUGUCACUGAGCCAGUUGCGCGUGCGAUUCUCAAGGUUACAGAGGUUGUUCCUGUUGUCACUCAAAAGACGGUUGUUACCGAGACCACGCACGUCAUCCCCGAGGUCAAGAAGAUCCCCAUUGCUCAACCACCAGUCGAGGCCAAGAGGAUCCCCAUCCCUCAACCACCAGUCGAGGUCAAGAAGAUCCCCAUCGCUCAAUCACCGGUCGAGGUCAGGAGGAUCCCUAUUGCCCAACCUCCAGUCAUCACCAAGACUACAACUGUCAAGACUGCUACCACUACAGAUCCUGCGGUGCCCAAGCUCGAGAUUGCCAAGCCAGCAGCAGUCCGAGAAAUCAAAGAGGUCAAGUUCAUGGCCACACCCAGGUCUGAGCCUAAUGUCCGCAAGCCCUUGGCCGCCGAGUUUUAUGCUAACGAGCACCGACAUAUGGAGACUAUUGAACUCAAGGACGAUGACUACAAGGUGGCUGAGAAGAUUGCUCAUGCUCCCAGGCCUGUUAUCCCUGCGGUGGUCGAAACCAAGAAGGCGGUUGUUGAGACUACUACCCACGCUCCCGAGAUUGUUGAGGCACCAAAGGUUGUGGAACUUCACAAGGCGGCUGAGGCACCCAAGAUCGUCAUGGCCACCGCCUCUCCUGGGCCUAUCCCUGCCCCUCGCCCUGAGCCAAUCGUCACUAAGACGACAGUUACUACCGCCAUGAAGACCGCCGAUCCCAUCCCUGCCCCUCGUCCUAUUGUGGCUGCAGCCGCUGUUGCACCAGUUGUUCACCUUCACCACCUCCACAAGGAGGUCGCACCUAUGCAGAUAGAGACAAAGCAUGAGACCACAGAGGUCGCCAAGACCGCCGUUGUCGCGCCCAUUCCUCAACCCGCCGAGCAGGUUAAGAAAGCCGUUGAGGAAGUCCGCCACGAGCCUAUUCCACAAACCAUCCAACAGGUCCAAACUUUUAAGACUGUCGAGGAGCAUCAUCACCAGCCGCAGAUCCAGCAGCAACAAACCAUCCACCAACAAUCUGUCGCCGCCACCCCCGCAGUUGAGACCCUCUUCGACAGCGGUGAACGCACAGUGCUCAUCAAGAAACUCUAUACAACCACCGAAUACUACGACUCCGAGGACGACGACGAACUCGACGAAUUCGGGUACCGCAAAGACCGCGACGUCUCCCUCCACAUCGUCCCCACGCCCACCGCUGGGACCCGUCAAAACUUUCUCCAGGCCUACAAGAACCGCAGGAAUUCAGGUGAUUCUGAGGUUGAGGCGCUUCAGCAUCAGGAGGUGGCGAAUGGCGCUGGCGGUAGUAGAAGGUCGAGUUUGGGGGAGUCGCUGAAGCAGCAGCAUUCACAUUUCUGGAAACGGACGAAGCAGGCUCCUCAGGGCGCUCAUCAGCAGGAUUAUGUGACGCAUAUCCCUUUGCAUGAUCCCAGUCAGCAACAGAAGCAGGAGUAUCAGGUUGUGCAGGAGAAUGUUUAUAGCACUCAGCCCCGUGAUCAACUGCAGGAGCAGCAACAACAAACUCAACAUGUCCAGCAGCAGCAGCAGCAGCAGCAACAGUACAACCCCCUUCCUCAUGCUCAACAACAACAACAGCAGCAGUAUUACCAGCAACAAAACAAGAACCAGCAGCAGCCUCAGCAUUUCCAACAGGAACAUAGUAGCCAACAGCAGUACUACAACCAAAACCAGCCCAACUACCAGUCCCAUCAGGCAUACCAGCAGUUCCAGCAGCAACAGCAGAAUAUGCAACAACAGCAGAACAUGCAGAUGCCUUACCAGGAGCAGCCUGGUGACCGCAUUGGUGGCGAGUACAACCGUGGUCCCGCUCAGUAA